AUGCCACCAGGUGCCAUACCGCCAGGUGCCAUACCGCCAGGUGCCAUACCGCCAGGAUCCAUACCGCAAGGAGCCACACGUUGUACAAGCGCAGCAUCUUCACACGCAAACAACGACAGCCAGCGAACUCUCGAUGCAUUGCUGAGUGCUCCUGAAAGAGAAUCCCAGCCACACCUCAACCCGAGAAAACUCAAUGGAGCUUUAUGGUUUGGUGUUGACCCCUCUGUCUACAAGUUUGUUCGAACAACAUGUAAAGCAAAUUUCAUGGGACCAUGGAGGAACUGGUCAGAUGUUCCUGAUGAGAGGACAUAUAUUUGGUGGCAAUCUUUUGUGCAACACUUCUACUGGGAACCUCGUUUUCAUGACACUGUCUACUACCAUUGGAAGCAGCACACUAUGACUUCAGUUUGUGAUCACAUCAGCAAAAAGAAGAGGGCAAAUAAGAAACCCAAGUACAUUGGCGAGGCUGAUUGGGACACUCUAAUGGAGUAUUGGGGAACAGAAACAACAAAUAAGAAGAGCAAGAAUGCUGCUGCAAGCCGCUUAUCUAAUCCUGAUGGCAAAGGGAUUCACAAGCAUUGUGCAGGUCCUAAGUGUUUUUUUCAGAUUGAGCAUGAGAUGAUGAUUGAGUCUGGAUCGGAUGAACCACCAGCCUACACUGAUCUUGUGCGGAACACACACACACGCAAAGAUGGAACUUUCAUCGACCAUCAUGUUGAUUGUCUUGUCAACGAAGUAGAGGAUGUUGUUUCACAGAUUACAACUGAAGAUGGUUCUCCGCACAGCCAAACUGCCACAUCUGCUAUUCCUUCUCGUGUUCUGUUGAACAAAGAAUAUCUGAAGCGUGGACAGUCUAAAAAUGGGUAUGUCUAUGAAAUCGGCAGUGUUCAAUACCAGGAAAUCAAUCCAUCUGAGAAAGUAGCUGCUUCUAUUUCUCGCAACCUCGACACGGAAGUGCGUAUCUCUAGUUUGGAGACAAACUUCAAGACGCUCAACACCAAUGUUGCAGAUUUGAAUACUUCUACAACAGCUGCUCCUGCUCCAGCUUCUACAACAGCUGCUCCUGCUCCAGCUUCUCCUACUCCAGCUUCUCCUACUCCAGCUUCUACAACUCCUGCUUCAGCUCCAUCUUCACACCAAGGCAACUUAUAUGCUUGGUGUGCAUCAUUCGGUAUUUAA